GCUAGAUGGCAACGCCAUUUGUCGUGUUUGCUUUGCUGAUGUGUUGUUAAAGUGCUAAUGGCUAAUUAUUUAUUAAAAUUACAAUAUGGCUGAGAAAUUUAAUGGAUUUAGCCACGAUGAGAUACUUAAAAUAACUGGAAUAAAAGAUGGCAAAAAGAAACUCAAUAUUGAAGCAGCAAAGCAAGCGCUCAAAAGCCAGCCCGGUAUUAGACGGAUGCCGGAUAAGCUCUUCCGGCAGGCAGAUCAAUUGCGAAAGCAACAGCCACAGAGGCCUCAACAAACUGUUGCUGCCAAGGCCAAAUCGCGCUCAACCACGCCUACAGAACCAGAACCGAAAGAACCGCCCACUCCCACACAAGAAGAAGAAUCUCUAAAUUUGGAACGUGGCUUAUCUGAUUCACUGGUCGAAGCGCUCUAUUGUGGUUCCGUUAAAGCGCCGAUGACAAACGGAAAAUCUCAGCCAUCAUCUGGAGCUGCCACGUAUGCCAGCGAAACGACGGAUGAUAGCUCAAUACUGAAGGUAAGCAGCACAGACGAUGACGCCAGCAUCUUGCCCAGCACCAAAGACUCGACAGAAGAGCGGAUCAGCACGGACUCUCCCUUCAAGGGCGUUUCGCUUAAGGACUUCGAACAGCAUCGUAAAAUGAUUCAGGAGCAGAACAAGCAAAAGAAAGAAAUGCUUUACCAAGCGAUCGAGCAGCAUACGCAAAAAACUGCCGCUGAAUGCCGUAAAAUUGAAGAAAUACGUCACGAACUCUCAAAGCUGGAGAGCGAUCUGGCCGUGGAUGUUGCUCUGCUGCGCAAACAGAUUGACAACGCAUGCAUUCACUUCGCCAAUGUUGAAAAACAGUAUAUACGAAUCGAGGCUCAAUUUCUAAAGGCAAAGCUGGAUCUUCACAAUGCUUCAGAGAAAAAAGAACUGCUCACGGAGCAUCUCUGCACGGUUAUAGCCCAUAACGAAGAUCGCAAGGCACAAAAGUUGACGGAGCUAAUGCAAAAAGUGGGCCUGGCGCCAACUGAUGAUGAGCCAGCGCCUCAGAAAUAAUCGAAUAUAGCGAAUUUGUAUAAAUUCAGUUUGAAGCGAAAUUAACUUACUUAGAUCUUAGGAUUGAUAUUAUCAAGUGCAUGUUUGCAAAUAUAUA